GACAAUUUGGUUGCUUAUUUUUAAGUUAGUACUGUUAGAAUAGCCAGACUGAAUUGUGAAUCGAUUCUCUUUGUCAAACGACUCAGCAGGAACAAUCAAGAUGGCGAACAUGGACGUGUUAGCCAAAACAAUAGCGAAGGAUUACGUGGAUGAUGUGGAGAGCUCUGACAGUGUGGCUGAAAAUGAAUAUGGACCUGGUGAAGAUAGAGCUAGAAAAGCAGAUAACAUGGAUAUUGCCAGGGUGGAAAAACACAAGAGAAGAAAACACAAACAUCGGAGCAAGCACAGAAAACAUAAACACCCCUCACCAGAUGAGAGGGAUCACAAGCACAAGUACAAACACAAACAUAAGCGGAAACACAGAGACUCAUUAAAGAAUGAUAAAGACUGUUCUGCUGGCUGGGAAGGUACAGUCAUCUCUCCGAAGCGAUCCAGACUUGAUGACCUUGCUGCUCUGGAGGACCUGGAGAAACAAAGAGCCAUGAUUCAAGCAGAGCUUGAUAAUGAGCUGAUGGAAGGGGCUGUGCAAUCAGGUAUGGGACUGAUAUUACAGGGCUAUAACUCGGAUUCAGAGGAGGACGGGAAGAUCCAGCAAACUGUGCAAAAUGGUGAGCAACAGAGACAAGGUUUUGAUGCUCGGGGACAUGCUGGAAGAUCUCGACAGGAUUACAUAGAUGAUGAAAAAAUUGAUCCCUGGCUGGAAGACAGAAGCAUGUCUGAUGAGAUGGUAGUCAGGGCACAUAAAUCAGAAAAAAGAGUUAGUAAGACUGGGUUAGAAGUUAACACCAGUGAGAAACCUAGUGGUCCCAUCCAAGCGAGGGAGCGGAGGCGAUCCCGGAGCAUUGAGAGAUCCAAAGAUGGAGGUCAGAGGUCUAAAUCUCCUGUGAAAUCCAAGGACUUGCCAUCAAGCAACAAAAAAUCAACUACAUGGACUGAAGAGCAAACUGAAGACCACAGAUCCUCAGAAAGAAGGAGCAGGUCUAGAUCUAAAGAAGGAAACACAAACUUGCCAGAAGCUGCCAGAGAGAGAGACAAGAAAUCAGUGAAAGCACCCUCCAAAGAAGUCUCAUCUGGAAAAGAGAAUCAAUCUCCUAGCAGAAAACAUCCUUCAGAACAACACAGCCUGGCUGUGCGGCCCAGGAGCCACCGCUCACCUGAACACGUCCCUGUUGUCCAGAGUACAGACAGGGCAUCCAGACAGGACAGAUCUUCAUGUCACAACAGGUCCCCUCCAAGAAGAGGCCGAUCUCGGUCUGUUGAGAGGAGACGAAGAGAAGAAGAACGACAUAGACUCUCCAACGACAGGUUGCGAUCUCGUGAUGUGGCUGGGGGUCGUAGCGAGGAGAGUCCCUCUCUGAACUCCAGACGAAGGUUAAACCACUCGCCUGUCAGACGAAGGUCCCGUUCUCCCAGGAGGCGAACCGGCAGGUCUCCUCUCAGAUACAGAUCUAGGGAUCGUGACUGGACCGAGCGCAGACAGCAGGUACACUCGGGAUCACAGGAAAGGUGGAAGAGGAGGAGCAGGGAAAGAGAGGACAUGUUUAAGGGCAGUUUGUCUGAAGGAAUGAAGCCUGAGCAAGAGGACUCGGAUGAAGAAGUGCUGGAGGAUUUUGAUGUUGAUGAAGAGGACGAGGAGGCUUUGAUUGAACAGAGGAGACUUCAGCGCUUGGCUAUCGUGCAGAAGUAUAAGCCAGUAAAUGAGGACAGUAACAUGUCAGGACUCUCAGAGCAUGGUAGUCCUCAGAGUAGCACUCACAGCCGAUCUCCAUCUCCCGAUGACAUCCUUGAGCGCGUGGCUGCUGACGUCAAAGCCUACGAGCAAGAGAACCUUGACACAUUUGAGGAUAAUGUGAAAGCCAAGCAUAGUCUUGUCGCUCAAGAAAAAGAUGGUGCUAAUCUGAAAAAGCCAGCAGCGGCAGAUAUGUUCACAGAGUCAGAUGACAUGUUCACUGCUUGCUUUGAUAGUGCCAGGUUACGGGCGGCAGGCAUUGGCAAGGACUUCAAGGAGAACCCAAGUCUCAGAGAUAACUGGACAGAUGCAGAAGGCUAUUACCGUGUGAACAUUGGCGAGGUGUUGGACAAACGGUACGGAGUGUACGGCUACACUGGACAGGGUGUCUUCAGUAAUGUGAUCCGAGCCAGAGACUUGGCCCGAGCCAAUCAGGAAGUGGCAGUGAAAAUAAUCCGCAACAAUGAGAUGAUGCAAAAGACAGGACUGAAAGAGCUGGAGUUUCUGAAGAAACUGAAUGACGCCGAUGCAGAUGAUAAGUUCCACUGUUUGCGGCUCUUUCGGCACUUUUAUCACAAGCAGCAUCUGUGUCUGGUGUUCGAACCACUCAGCAUGAACCUGCGGGAGGUGUUGAGGAAAUAUGGCAAGGAUGUUGGGCUACACAUCAAGGCUGUGCGUUCAUACAGCCAGCAGCUUUUCUUGGCCCUCAAACUCCUCAAGCGCUGCAACAUCCUGCAUGCUGACAUCAAACCUGACAACAUUUUAGUGAACGAAUCCAAGACCAUCCUCAAGUUGUGCGACUUUGGCUCAGCAUCACAUGUGGCUGACAAUGACAUAACACCAUAUCUGGUCAGCCGCUUCUACAGGGCACCUGAGAUCAUCAUCGGAAAGUCGUAUGAUUACGGAAUCGAUAUGUGGUCUGUGGGCUGCACUCUCUAUGAACUAUACACAGGAAAAAUCCUUUUCCCUGGGAAGACAAAUAACCACAUGCUAAAACUUGCCAUGGACCUAAAAGGAAAACUGCCCAAUAAAAUGAUCAGGAAGGGUCUGUUCAAGGACCAGCACUUUGACCAAAACUUGAACUUUUUAUAUACAGAGUUCGAUAAGGUCACUGAGAGGGAAAAGGUCACGGUCAUGAGUACCAUUAACCCAACUAAGGACCUGUCGAUGGACAUGGUGGGUCGCCAGGCGCUACCGGAGGACCAGCGAAAGAAGGUUGUUCAGCUCAAAGAUCUGUUGGACCAAAUUCUGAUGCUGGACCCUGCCAAGCGGAUCACCAUCAAUCAGGCAUUACAGCAUCCUUUCAUCCAGGAGAGGAUAUGAUCAGCAGCGUACCUCAGAGAUGAAUGAUGGUUUUGUAUCUACAGAUAUGACUCAGACAACAGAAGACGUUUGCAUAUUUUAUUGCCAUGCUAUUUUAUUUUAGUCUUUGAUUUGUAGUAUGUUUCAGAGCAGGACACAUUCAAGAUUUUACUUUAUUUUAUUAUUAUUAGAUGACCUACAUGACACCAUGUAAACUGUAAAUCUUUCAAGAUAAUCUAUAUUGUUCAGAUUGCAUGCUUUAUACACAGCUUCUUGCCAAUUUCAAAUAUAUUUGAUAUUAUGCUCAAUGUUCAGAAUGUCAAAAUAUCCAUUUGUUUUCACAGACAUUAUAUUUUAUGUAAAAUUCUAGAAUUUGAUGUAAACUAAAUAUUUCUCAACCACCAAGGACUGUUUAGAGUGUGACACAAGUAAGACCAGCAUAAAUGCUGUCUAUAUCCACCCUCCCGUAGGUGUGAGAGUGAGAACUCAACCUGGCGUGCAGGCCCAUGGCAUGCCCCUUGCCCUAGGUGUGUUUCUGCUGAGUCUGAGGUCUUGGGUCCUGCUUGACCUGGUCUGCAGGGAAAGCCUCCUCUGUAAAGGCAGGUUGUACACCUCUAUCGGUACACUGAAGGUAAGCUAAUCCUUCCAAAACAAAUGGCAUCAACAUUUUGCAUUCUUUUUAAACCCAAAAAUUAUGUCAUCAUAAUGCCCUUUUGGCUUCUCCUGCAUGUUUACAGAAUGUCAUCUGGAGAAAUGGACAUGCAUUGAAACCCUUUGUCACCCUUUUGCUCUGUACCAAAACCUAGUGAGGCAUCAUAGAUAUAUUAUAUUAUAUAGAAUUUUCAGCAGUCGUUACCGUUGCAUGAUCCUGCAGAAAUCAUUCUAAUAUGCUGAUUCAGUCCUUAGAAAAUUUUUAUUAUUUUCAGUCUUAAAAAAAGUUGUGCUGCUUAAUAUUUUGUUAUGGAAACAAUGAAAACUUUUUUUGAAGGAUUUAUUGAUGAAUGGAGAGUUCAAAAGAACAGCAUAUAUUGAAAUAUAUAUUUUGUAAUAUUAUAAUGUACUUGUCCUAAAAGGAACACAACACUAUUUUUGGAAAUAGGCUCAUUUUCAAUUCGCCUAGAGUUAAAUAGUUGAAUUUUACAGUUUCUGAAUCCAUUCAGCUGAUCUCCGGGUCUGACGGAAGCACUUUUAGCUUAGCUUUGCAUAGAUCAUUGAAUCUAAUUAGACCGUUAGCAUUUCACUCAAAAAUUUAUAUUUUUGAUAUAUUUUUCCUAUUUAAGACUUGACUCUUCUGUAGUUACAUCGUGUACUAAGACCGACAUAAAUUGACAUAGUUCACAAUGUAACUACAGAAGAGUCAAGUUUUAAAUAGGAAAAAUAUCGAAACUUUUUGGUCAUUUUUGAGCGAGAUGCUAACAGUCUAAUCUGAUUCAAUGAUCUAUGCUAAGCUAAAUGGGCUACCGCCAGACCCGGAAAUGGGCUGAAUGGAUUCGAAAAUGGUAAUACUCAACUGUUUAACUCUCAGGGAGUUGGAGAAUAAGCCUAUUUUAAAAAAUAGUGGAGUGUUCCUUUAAUGAAACCUUUCUGAAUGAAUGUACUUAAUGACCCUAUAAGUAUGCGCAAUACUAAAAAUUAUUAAAAAGUGUAAAAUUAAAAACUAUUCGACUCAAAUUUUGUAUGACUUUUUAGAUGUAUUAUAUUUCAUUAUUUUAUUAUGUUUAGUAGAGUAUUGCCGUCGUGAACUUUACGCAUUCCAAAAUGUUCACUUUUGAGGGCGCUGCCUUAGUAUGCAAUAGGCAGUGAGGCAGCUUCACUAGAUUUUGGAACAGAGCUUCUGCUGUGGUGUUUCUCACAGAGACAAAACAGUCGGUAUAAAUGAAAAGACUGACUAUUGCUUUCUCAAAAAUGGAAGGAACCGGUUACGGGUAACAUUGGGGUAAGGGUGAAUCAAAGUAUUUUUAAUGGACCAAGCACCUUCAGUGUACUGCCUCUGAUAGACAUACUUCACCUUUUUCAGAGUUGUCACACUUAUGUGUCAUAGUUUUUGCAUAAUCUAUUGGGUGUUUUCAAUAUGCAUGAGAAUAUAUGUAUGGCUUCCAAUGCACUACUGUACAAACCCUCUGGUGUGUUUUUGACUUUGCGUAGAAUAUUUAGAUGUACUUUUUGUGACUGUUCUUGUGUUUGUGAUAAUGUUGUCUUUUGAUACAGGGGUUUUCCUGCUCUGAUCUAUGAAUCUGCUUGUUACAAGCGGUAAUUGCUUCUUUAUUCAUAUCUCAAUUCCAUAUGUUCCAAAUCUAUAUAACGGUCAUAAAGUAUGCUGGAAGAAUUAUCUGCCUGUUAUUUUUGCAAAGCCUGUCCUGCAUGAUAAUGGAAUAAUUUGAAUUUACUGUAAAUUCUCAUUAUUUGUUAUCAUUAAACAAAAUAAAGCUGUUUUGUGGUGAAAAAAAAAACAUGAACUUAGACUUCCCACAAGUUGUCCGUCUUUCAAGAAUUUCAUGCAAGUUAAUCAUAACACUGUAAGAACAUAAUUCAGCAUUUUAGGAAGCUUAUGGUGGGUUUUGUUUCAUCAACACUAACUGCUGUUUGUGCUGUUUCUCCCACUGUUUCUUUGUGUUCGAGUAUAUUCUCUGGCCAAUGGAGACAUGUCUGUCCAUCAUCCUCCUGCCUGCCUCUGCUUUCAAAAGGAUGAGACAUCUUCAAGGCCCUUUAUCCAGGUCACUCCUAAAGGCAUGUUUAGAUCCAACACAAAGCAAAGCUUUGAUUAGAAAUGAACAGCCAGCUCAGAGGCUAAUUCUCAUAGGAUUAAUGUUCCGAUCUCAUGUGUAGUAUUAAUGUCUAAUUUCUAAUCCAUCUUUUUAGGGCUGUAGAUAUUAGAUUAGAAUUUGGCAGCAGACAAAGGUUUUUCAGACCCCACAUCUAAUGAUUGGGGCCCUAAGGGAAACUUUGUAGUUUCCUGUAUUUAAACCCUUUUAUUUUAUAAUUAUAUUUUUAUAAACUUUUAUACUUCUUUUUUUAUUAUUAUUUCUAUAUACCAAUGUUGUUAUUGGUCUGAUCACAGAAUAACCUAUCCAUAUUAAGCUUUGUGAGGACCUUGCAUUGACUUUAUCCAUUGGUGUGAACCACAGAGGUGCAUUCUUGGACCGUUUAAUAUUCAAGACCUAAAAAAAUCGACUGAUUUAGUCACCUUGUGUGUCAGCUGAUGAGUGUAUUUCUCCAGGAUAUUUCAAGAAUGUGUGUUUUCUGUAAUGUACCAAGAUACUGGUAUAUUUAUUCUUUGUAUUGUAGGUGCUGUCUGUUAAAGAAGACUCUUAAAGGAAAUCUCAUCUGAAAAAAGGUUUCUGUUUUAGAGCGAGCUUUUCCGAGAAUUAAGAUGUUGAUUGUUACUCUGACAAUACACUAUGUGACUGAAUAAGUAGUUUGAAAAAAUUUGACAGUUACUGAAUCUGGUUUUGUUUUUUGUUUUUAUAUAAUUUAGUCAAAUCCAAAUGUAUUUAUACAGUAUAAGAUCAUUUUUUCCUAAACCCAAUAAAUGCCACCUAAAUUUGCAAUGUAUAAGCUAUAUAUAGUGUUACUUUAUAUAUAUAUAUAUAUAUAUAUAUAUAUAUAUAUAUAUAUAUAUAUAUAUAUACACACAAUGGAGGUUUCCAAAAUUAAAUAAAUUGACUCACUGUACAUAAAAAUUGUUACAAUCUGGUAUUACACAUUCCAGACUUAUUAACCAAAAGGUAAUGCUUUUCCCUAUUAAGAAAUACAUGUUUGCAUGUCCCUCACAAAAGUAACCAUUCUUGAACCACAACUAACCAUUUUCAAUUCUAUUUUCAGGGUAAGUGUUAAAAUUUUCACAACUGUCAUGGCCACAUUUGAGAGAGAUCCUGAUGGCCAGCUGCUGUCCUACUCUAUUAUUGAAGUGCCUUUCAAGAGCUCAUCUUCUUAUCCACUCAAGGGGGGAAUUUCCAACAUCUGUACACAGCAUAACAAUAUGUUCAUUUUGUAUCAAUUUAUACAACCAAUAUUGCACAAGAAUAUUAAUAAAUGGUGAAUUUUACAA